UUCACCUUCAGAGGUAACUGAUCGAGCCUUACACAUUGAACCAACAAACGAUAGGAGAUAUGAAAAUGAAGAUAAUGUUCAAGUGUUAAACAAUCACGACUCCGACUCCGACGAUGAUGACAAUUUGUCUAUUUCAGUUUUGAUAGAUAGGAUACGUAAAGAGCCUGUUACUCCGACAGAAAUACACGAUGCUAGUCUCAAAACACCAACCAAGAAUACUGAUAGCAGUUGUUUAAAUAACCCGAUGCCAAAUUCAGAAUCUAUUCAAGGCAGCAAGAUAUCGAAAAUUUAAAGUCUAAAUUAUUUUCUUCCCCUAAAAAAUGUGAUCUUGCCGUAUUUGGGACAUCUGGAGUCACUCCAAAAAUGAUCAUACCUCUACCAAAGGCAAAACACGAGCAAAUUAGAGGUGUUCGCUCCAAAAGGUCGGAAAUAUUAUCGUCUACACCUUAUAAAGACUCACUGCAAGAAUCCACCUCCCAAAACAAGACGAGCAGCAUUAAAAGGAAACUUACUGACAGCACUAAGCAGAAGAAGAAGAAGAAAAUGCCUUCGAAAGCUUUGAUCAUCAGCAUCAACAGCAAUGAAGAAGAUGCUGUCUGUCCUGGAUGUGAAGAGAACUACAGCAAUUCUUACGGUGGAGGCGAUUGGGUCAGGUGCGCAACAUGCAAGUCCUGGUGGCAUGAAAUUUGCACAAGCUGCAUGGGACAAACGCAAUUCCAUUGCGACCUAUGCAAUUAAACAUUUCUUAAACAUUGUGAUGUUGCGU